UAGCUCCCUGCGGGGAUAUGCCCCGCUGCCCGUAACUCACUAGUUUUAAGCCAGGACUGGGAAUGCAGCCGGUUUUGUUGGACACCCAGUGCCUUGUUUAUUUUCAGAGGUAAUGGCAUCAAGCGAAAGAAAUUAACAAAAAAAAAGUGCCGCCCUGAGAAUGCGUUCAGUCAGUGACAUUGUCGUGUCCAUUCCCUCUUUAAGCCGCUGCCUGACUCAGUCUACUUCCUGGUUGCGUCGAGCGCCGUGUUUCACUUAGAUAUUUCGCUCAGGGAUACAGCCUGGGAUCACGGCCACUCUCAAACACACACCGGGACUGUCACUCCUCUAGGAGUGUGUGUGUGUGCACGCUUUUGAAACUCGGUGCAGUGUUUGAGGAGGAGGUUUGACUUCGGGACCAUGGCGACUAUAACGUGCAGAGUGCAAUAUCUGGAUGACACGGACCCAUUUGUUUGCACCAACUUCCCCGAGCCCAGGAGACCGCCGACUUACAACUUUUACGAGACCAUCCCUUUAAUAGAGCAAGUGACUGGAAUUCACAAGCUGCUGGACUCCCCGCUGAAGUUGGAAGACUGUGUGCUACAGAUAGCUCCGAAUGGGAAUUAUUUGGAUCUGGAGUUGUCACUGGAUGAGCAGAAGGAUGACCUGGAAGGAUUCUAUGAAGAAGUUGGUAAAGGGAGACGACCUACCAUAAUCCUUCGGACCCAGCUCUCUGUAAGAGUUCAUGCCAUUAUAGAAAAGCUGUACAAUUCAACAGGCCCUGAUUUAAGAAGAUCACUUUUCUCUUUGAAGCAACUAUUCCAGGAUGACAAAGACCUGGUGCCUGAGUUUGUAAGUGCUGAAGGAUUGACGUGUCUAAUCAAAGUGGGAGCUGAGGCUGACCAGAACUACCAGAACUACAUCCUACGAGCUUUGAGUCAGAUAAUGCUGUUUGUGGAUGGAAUGAAUGGCGUCAUUGGUCAUAAUGAGACUGUCCAAUGGCUGUACUCACUGACUGGCAGCAUGUACCGUUUGGUGGUGAAGACUGCUCUGAAACUCCUGUUGGUGUUUGUGGAAUACACAGAGAACAACGCAGCUCUUCUCAUCCAGGCUGUCAACACUGUGGACGAUAAAAGAGGCACAAAGACAUGGACGAAUUUAGUUGAAAUUCUGGAGGAGAAGAAUGGAGCUGAUUCUGAGCUGCUUGUCUUCACUAUGACACUCAUUAACAAGACCCUGGGAGCUCUUCCAGACCAGGAUUCAUUCUAUGAUGUUACAGACUGUCUUGAGCAGCAGGGGCUAGAAAAAAUCAUUCAACGGCACAUGAGUAACAAAGGAACUGACCCAGACGUAAAGCAACAGUUUACCAUUUACGAGAAUGCACUGAAGCAUGAAGAUGGCGAAGAUGAUGGACAGAUGCCAAACGCACGGAGAGACCGGAGGAAGCUGACCCCAAAUGGGGACGAUGGACGGAAAAAUAGGCGGUCGUUUGGACAAAACAUGGCUGAAAUAGCAACCAGUCCAGUACCAGCAACCGCACAUAGCUCAACGCCAGGAAAAGUGAGUCCAAGCACUCCUACACAGUUUGAUGUACAGAGUUCAAAGGUGAUUUCCAUUCAGCCCGCGCAAACAGCCACCCAAAGCUAUUCUGCGACACCUUCACCCACACCAGUAACUCCUACAUGUGACUUAAAUUCACCAUCUACAAACCAAGUGAAAUCUUCAACAGAGGCUCUAUCCUACACCAGCUACUAUGCAGUAACCUCUUUCACCUUUCCAUCAAGUCCUAACCUUGUUAACCAAGCAUCAGAUGACAGUUCCCUAAACUCCACCAGCCUUCCACCCAGAAAAUUGUAUUCAUCGUUUAGCAAGCCAGAUCUGCUAACCACACCUUCAGAGGAGAAGACAAUGAAAACAGGUCCUGGAGAGAAAAGCAUUUUCAAGGCUGAAAAAGUUGCUGUUAGUGAUAAACCUGUUCUGAGAAAGUAUGAAAAUCGCUUUUUAGAAAAUCUUGUUGCAACACAAAGAGAGAGGGAUUUGAGCAAGUCGCGUUUUUCCAGAGACUUUGCCUCCAUACCCACAGACAGGCCUCCUGAUGUUGAAGUGCUCAGUGAAAAGGAGCAACAGAAUGAAGCAUUAAACGAGAGGGAGCCAUGUUCAGCCUCCAGCAGUUCAUCAACCAGCAGCACAUUGGAGAGGGAAGAGAGGGCAGACAGACCGGCGGGCAAUAAUGACUCAGGUCGAUGCAUCAUCCGUCAAUCCAGCCUGGAUCAGUGCAGUGCCAUCUCCAAUGACAAGAAAUUCAUGCUCGACAUGCUUUAUGCUAAAGCCAAGGGCAAUAACCUUCAGCUCACCAAGGAAGAGAGUCCUACUGAAAGCGAGAGGCGAGUCACUGAAAAGGCUUUGGUGGAAUCUACCGAGAGUCCAAUCAAACGCUUUUCCAGGCAGACCAGCCAUCAGAUUGAGGACAGCGAUCAGAAGCCCAACAUUGAAAGCAUCCCCGGGAAUGUAAAAUCCACGCUGGAGAAAUUUGCAGAGCCUCAGGUUACGUCUUUGAAGGAACAGUUCAGCAUUGAGGCUGAACUUAAUGAGAAGAAUGUGGAGAAAACAUCCGUUAUGAAGAAGGACUCUGAGCACAUGUGGGACCAACUGGAAGUGAGUCCUAGAGUGCUCAUAAUCAAAGAUUUAGAUUUCACAGAUCUCCGUGAGGAGGAGGACAUCGAUGUGCUAGAUAUAGACCCGUGCGUGACCAAGGCAACUGCUCAACAGGAUCUUUCUGGAUCACCUGGGAGUUCAGUGGUUCCGUCAGCACCGCCGCCUCCGCCACCUCCCCUGCUUGGAGGUCCACCUCCUCCCCCACCCCCACCGCCUGGAGGUCCUCCUCCCCCACCCCCACCGCCACUACCUUUCGGAAAGCCAUCUGGCUCCCCUCUACCUCCCCCACCUCCACCCACUAAUGUAUCCCCUUCGCAGGGAGCGAACUCUACAUUAACAAAGAAGAGAAAAACCGUCAAGCUCUUCUGGAAGGAACUGAAGCAGCCCGAAGGCCCCUCCAGGAGCUGUAAAUUUGGCCGGGGCACUGUCUGGGCUUCCUUAGAUAAAGUGACAGUGGACACCACUAAAUUGGAACAUCUGUUUGAAUCUAAAGCUAAGGAGUUACCAACGAAGAAAGGAGGAGAUGCCAAGAGGCAAGGAUUAGUCGUGCUGGAUCCAAAGCGGAGUAAUGCAAUUAACAUUGGGCUCACAGUAUUACCACCAGUUCAUAUCAUCAAAAAUGCCAUCCUCAACUUUGAUGAAUAUGCAAUAAACAAGGAAGGUAUUGAGAAAAUAUUGACCAUGGUGCCCACAGAAGAGGAGAAACAGAAGAUCCAAGAAGCCCAGUUGGCGAAUCCUGAUAUUCCUCUGGGAACAGCAGAACAGUUCCUUUUAACCUUGUCAUCGAUCAAUGGGAUUACAGCCAGGCUUCAGCUCUGGGCUUUCAAGCUAGAUUAUGAGUUUAUGGAAAAGGAAAUUGCGGAGCCGCUGUUUGACUUGAAGCAUGGAAUGGAGCAACUUGCAAAGAAUAAAACCUUUAAGUGCCUUUUGGCAACUCUACUUGCUAUUGGAAAUUUUCUGAACAAUUCCAGUGCCAAAGGAUUUGAGCUAAGUUAUCUGGAGAAAGUGUCUGAGGUGAAGGAUACGCUUCAGAGGCAAUCUUUGCUGUAUCAUAUGUGUAACCUUGUGGUGGAGAAAUUCCCAGACACAACAGAUGUGUAUUCCGAGAUUGCAGCAAUCACUAGAUCUGCUAAAGUUGACUUUGAUCAGUUGGCAGAAAGCCUUGUUCAGCUGGAAAGAAAAUGCAAAGCUUCAUGGGAUCACCUGAAGGUCAUAGCUAAGCAUGAAACCAAACCUGUUCUAAAAAACAAAAUGACUGAAUUUCUGAAGGACAGCACAGAAAGGAUUAUAAUCCUCAAAGUGGUACACCGUCGCAUUAUAAACAGGUUCCAUUCUUUCCUGCUGUACCUGGGCCAUCCUUCCAACUCUGCCCGAGAGUUGAAGAUUACCAGGUUCUGUAAAAUAAUUAGCGAGUUUGCACUAGAAUAUCGGACCACCAGAGAACGGGUUCUGCAGCAGAAACAGAAGAGGGCUGCAUAUCGAGAGAGGAAUAAGACAAGAGGGAAAAUGAUUACAGAGACUGCAAAGUUCUCCACAGCAGCUGGUAGCACUGAGAGUAGCCCAGCCCCUGAAACGCCAGAUCGCCAGCUACAAGCAGAUGAGGAGCAUGAGAACAUGAAGAAUAUUUUGUCAGUUCCAGAGCCACAGACUCGAAGGAGCAGAGGCAACAGAUCUAUAGGAAGGGUCAGUCCACCUCAUCCUUCUGUUCCUAAAGAUGAAGUAGCAACUCCACCUGAUGAUGCUACGGAUGAAAUUAUGGACCGCCUGGUCAAAUCGGUCACUCAGAAUCCCAACCAGAGGCCAUCUACCCCAAAGGAACGCAAGAGGUCACGAGCAAAUAGGAAAUCUUUACGGCGAACCCUGAAGAGUGGUCUGACCCCGGACGUGGUCCAAGCCUUGGGUUUGUCCAAAGCCCCAGAAGUGGAGAUUCCUGAACUUCACAAGUACUUUUAAACGUUACAGUGCACCUUGUAAGUGCAGGUUGUUGGACGGAAUCACGCUGAUGACGUUGAAUCGUAAGAGGACGGCUCACUAAAUAUUGCAGCCCAGUUCAUUCUAGAUAAUGGAUUCAGAGGUCAGAUCAGAGUUCAGUCAAAACAAUGAUAGUAUUCUUUUCUCCAAUUAGACUGAAUGAUGAUGUUUUCCCUCAAGGCUACAAGUGUUCAAGUGAAAACUCUGAUCCGUAGUUUUCCCCAUUAAAUUUCCCCCAGUCUUUUCUGAAGGUAGUGUCUCUUGCUUCUGGAGUACCAUUCGGUUGUUGGUGUUCAUUCUCCAGUAUCAUUCGUGAUUUUGAAACUGGACAGUGUGUGACAUGAGCUCUUAGUCAUCAAGGGGCUUUACAACUGAACUAAACUUUGUCCUCCUCCAUGGUCCAUACAUCUACUCCCAAGAUGAGUCGAUAGAUGGCCGUCAAAUAUGGAAGCACGGGCUAAAUUUCCUCUUCCCCAAUCCAGAGACACAAAGAUCCUUCCCCUCCCCAUGGUGGUCUGUCAGUAGUUAGCAAAUUCACUACAGACUACCAAUGGAGCUUUUACUUCCACAGGUGUGUAUGGCUGACCCGUACAUAAUAUAUUUAGUCACUGGGCCAUCACCAGGAGAUGCCACUGAACUACUUUAAACACUGUGGACAUAACCCCUAUGGACUUAGUGGAACGAUCACAUCUAUAACAAUAAAUAUUUAAAUUAUGUAUAAGUACUGGUCUUUAAACAGGAAAGCUAUGUUGUAAAGAUACCUUAAACUGACAGGGUAGUGAAUUGACAUGAAACUAAAGAUUGCUACAUCAAUGAAGAAAGCAUAUUUGUUUGUCAGACUACAACGUAAACAUAUUCAAAGUUGUCUUCAAUAUUAAACAUCGUUUGCAGAUAUGGACAAACUAGCAUGUUCAUAGGCAGUCCACGUUACAAAUACAAAUUUCCACUGGAUUUCUCACUUAUCAUUUAAAUGACCGUUUAGAGGCAGUAUUAAGAUAUCACCUUCUAAGAAAGCGCUAAUUGACAACUUGAUCAAUAGAUUAGCUGCAGUGUAGUUCCAACAAUUAUCUACCAAGAUCCAAAUAUACCUUCCAUCAAAUGUUGCUGAAUUAAAGAGAUUGCUAAAAUAGGAAAAUAUACCAAGUGCUACCAAUGAACACCAUUCUACAUUUUAAACUAUAGGAUCAAAGGUUUUCCAGGACUGUGUGAUGUAUUUUCAUAAACUAUAUAUUUUUAUCUGUGAGAUUUAAAUUUUUGAAUGUUUGUAUAAGUGUUGUUACAACAAUUAAAUGUUCCACAUUUU